CCCGAUGUCAGCUUAUACAAACAAUUAUACCUCACGUUGAACAUAAUAUUACAGUUGAUUAUAGAUUAUAUUUAUUGGCAUUUGCAUAUCGAUUCUGAAUUUAUUAAUAUGAAACGCGCCUUUUUGUGCUGUAUUCAUUGUUUGGAUUAUUUUUUGACAUAGUAAUGCUCAGAGCUUUCCGCGCUCACCCACUAUGGGGACCACCGGAUAUGCUGUAUUAUGUGUACACAUGUCUGGAGUGUCAAACGGAAGUCAUGCUAAAUUUGGCAACCCACGUGGUUUUGCAACCUGGCUUUGACGUGCUGAGAAAGUACGCGCAGCUCAUUUUUCUUCUUCUCUUACUUCUUUGGUACAAAAUGGGCAAGCACCGAAAGCGUCAAACCAAUAAACAACAGAAUGCCACUCUGAAUCCGUCAUUAUCACCUUUUAGUCCUCCUUCUUCUCCUGGUCGUCCUUCUUCAUCAUCUUCUUUUUCUUCCGAACAUACGUCUCUUUCUCCUGAGACUUUUCGCCCACGCUUAAGUGUUUCUGGUUCUGGAUCACAUGUUCCACUAGUUGAUCAGCUGCAGUUAGCAGCAGCAUCUUCUGCCUCCGCAAUUGUUCUUACCUCCGAUGAGGAAGAAAAACAGCCAAUCCAACAACCGCGUUGACUUCGACAGCAGCAACAACGACAACAGCAACAAUUACAAAGUUCACUAUGACAGCGACGAUUGGGCAAGACAAAGCAAU